AUGAGGCGAUUCGAGCUCCUCUGUGUGCUUGCACCUCUCCUCUGUGUGCUUGCACCUCUCCUCUGUGUGCUUGCACCUCUCCUCUGUGUGCUUGCACCUCUCCUCUGUGUGCUUGCACCUCUCCUCUGUGUGCUUGCACCUCUCCUCUGUGUCCUUGCUCUUCCUCCGCAUUCGUUACUCCCCAAGCCCAUCCCAAACACCUUGAGUUCAGCCCACCCUGACCUAUAUAGAGACACACCUGAGAAGGCCGGUGGGUACUCCACGGCUCCACCUGGUGCACGUGGGAAGGAGGUUGUGCACAGGGGGAAGGAGGUUGUGGACAGGGGGAAGGAGGUUGUGGACAGGGGGAAGGAGGUUGUGGACAGGGGGAAGGAGGUUGUGGACAGGGGGAAGGAGGUUGUGGACAGGGGGAAGGAGGUUGUGGACAGGGGGAAGGAGGUUGUGGACAGGGGGAAGGAGGUUGUGGACAGGGGGAAGGAGGUUGUGGACAGGGGGAAGGAGGUUGUGGACAGGGGGAAGGAGGUUGUGGACAGGGGGAAGGAGGUUGUGGACAGGGGGGAGGAGGUUGUGGAGAGGGGGAAGGAGGUUAUGGACAGGGGGAAGGAGGUUGUGGACAGGGGGAAGGAGGUUGUGGACAGGGGGGAGGAGGUUGUGGACAGGGGGAAGGAGGUUGUGGACAGGGGGGAGGAGGUUGUGGACAGGGGGAAGGAGGUUGUGGACAGGGGGGAGGAGGUUGUGGACAGGGGGAAGGAGGUUGUGGACAGGGGGGAGGAGGUUGUGGAAAGGGGGGAGGAGGUUGUGGACAGGGGGAAGGAGGUUGUGGACAGGGGGGAGGAGGUUGUGGACAGGGGGAAGGAGGUUGUGGACAGGGGGGAGGAGGUUGUGGACAGGGGGAAGGAGGUUGUGGACAGGGGGGAGGAGGUUGUGGACAGGGGGAAGGAGGUUGUGGACAGGGGGAAGGAGGUUGUGGACAGGGGGGAGGAGGUUGUGGACAGGGGGAAGGAGGUUGUGGACAGGGGGGAGUAG